CUGUUACAACUUAUCUUCAACAGUCAUGGCAUUGUGCUCAACCUUCUGCCCUCGUGUUCCCAACAAUUUUAUAGCUAUACCCACUUCUUCUUUCCUUCAAAACCCCUGCUUUCUCUUUCUUGCAAAGCUUUCUCUUCUCAGGCCCCUGAUGCUUCAUCCCAAGGUACAAUUGUCACUAAGUACUAUAUAACUCAUGCAAGGAUUAUGCUGAAUGCAACAGAAAAAUUUUCAGGCCGAGUUGGGUUUUUGGGUCUUGGAAUUAUGGGUGCACCAAUGGCACAGAAUCUCAUAAAAGCUGGAUGUGAUGUGACAGUAUGGAACAGGACAAAAAGCAAAUGUGGUCCUCUCAUCAGCCUCGGUGCAAAGUAUAGAUCCUCUCCUGAGGAAGUAGCUGCAAACUGUGAUGUCACAUUUGCCAUGCUUGCUGAUCCUGAAAGUGCAAUUGAUGUUGCCUGUGGAAAGAAUGGAGCUGUGAGUGGAAUGGGUCCAGGAAAAGGCUAUGUAGACAUUUCAACAGUUGAUGAUGCCACUGCUAAAUUAAUCAAUGGACAUAUCAAAGCAACUGGGGCAUUAUUUUUAGAGGCUCCAGUUUCAGGUUCCAAAAAGCCAGCAGAAGAUGGACAACUGAUAUUUCUUACUGCAGGUGACCGAUCUUUAUAUGAUUCAGUUGCUCCAUUUUUGGACAUAAUGGGGAAGUCAAGAUUUUAUCUUGGGGAGGUUGGAAAUGGAGCUGCUAUGAAACUUGUUGUUAACAUGAUCAUGGGAAGUAUGAUGGCAUCAUUUUCUGAAGGAUUACUGCUUAGCAAGAAAGUAGGACUUGACCCGAAUGUUCUAGUUGAGGUGGUCUCACAGGGCGCUAUUAGUGCACCAAUGUACUCACUUAAAGGCCCAUCAAUGGUUAAAUCCCACUAUCCCACAGCCUUUCCCUUGAAGCAUCAACAGAAGGACCUCAGACUUGCUUUGGGAUUAGCAGAUUCUGUUUCCCAGUCCACACCAAUUGCAGCUGCAGCAAAUGAACUGUAUAAGGUUGCAAAGUCAUAUGGCCUCAGUGAUGACGAUUUUUCAGCAGUUAUUGAAGCAUUGAAAGCUAAAUCUCACGACACAGCCUAGCUAUAUAUAUAUAUAUAUUUCAUUCAUGGGAUCCAGAGCUUAUGUAAACUGCUCCUGCAUAUUUGAUGAUUUAGACAUUGUUUUGAUAAAUGAUAUUUAGGUUGAGCUUUUCUUCUCCUCAAUUCUGCCUCUGAUUGGUGAACUCUUUCACAUGAUUAUUUUCCUGUAUAAUUAUUUUUUAAAAUAAAACUUUACACUAGUUGGAAUUCAACAAUCUAAUAAGGAUCCAUACGACCCAUUUUCAUUCCAUGAAAAUCUCUAGUAUGGAUAGUAUUCCAAAGCAAAUUAGAAUAUGGAUCUUCAAUCUCUGAUGCGGAGUAGAAUAAGCGGUCUCUGCUCCAGCCCGCUGGAUAUGAAUUUUCAAAGCGAUAAGGCAACAUGUGGAUUCAGUUAUGAUGCCAACUUAAUUGUAAACCCAUUUUCAAAGCUAUUAAUCGCUGGAGCAACUGUCAGAGCUCUUGUUCUCCUAGGUUUGCGAUUUUCCCACCAACAUGGAAUACUGAUCCGUCAUAUUCAUGCCUGGCAAAAUUCUUCCACUAUAAAAAUCGGUGUAAUCGUGGUAGUUUUGGGAUGCUAAUGCUCGUAAAACAGAUUAUACCAGGAACACGAUGGAUUUUUAAGUUGAAAUUCUUCAUUUAUUUUUGAACAUUUGUUUUUA